CCGCCCCCCGCCUGCAGGCUCUCGAGCCUGAGUCGGAGCUGAGCAUCCCGCUGCCCCGACCCUCCCGCGGGCACGCAACGGGCUCAACACAGGCUCGGGACUGGAGGUGGGCAUCUUCACUGCCCAGGAGUCAUUGUGUGUGGAUGGGACAGCCUCCCUGGAAAGUCGGCCAUUCCAGAGUCGUGCCUCGGCAUGGGCCUUGCCACUGAGGCAGCUCUGCCGUCUGCGCUGGCCUGAGGGUGCUGCCUGUCAUGGGGGCAGCCAUCUCCCAGGGGGCUCUCAUCGCCAUCGUCUGCAACGGCCUUGUGGGCUUCUUGCUGCUUCUACUUUGGGUCAUUCUCUGCUGGGCCUGCCACUCUCGCUCUGCUGACGCCGAUUCUCUCUCGGAAUCCAGUCCCAACUCCAGCCCUGGCCCCUGUCCUGAGAAGGCACCACCACCCCAGAAGCCUAGCCAUGAAGGCAGCUACCUGCUGCAGCCCUGAAGGCCCCUGGCCUACCCUGGAGGCCUGGACCUGAGAACACCCGAGUCACAGCGUGGAAUCCGAUCCCAGAAUUCUGUCAGCCUGGGGUCCAGAAUUUAGAGUCCAGUCUAUUUGAAGCUGGACCCAGCAGCCUAGAUUGUAGCCAGCCUGGCUCCGAGAGAGGCCUGAGGAGCCCGAGAGAACAGGCCUGGAGAGGGGGGCUAGGAGUUGGUGCUAGGGCCAGGGCCAUUCCAGACUCUGCUCCAUCCCAAGGGCCAAGGGCUGAGUUUACCCUUUCUUUCCCUAGGCUCAGCACCUCUGGGCUCUCUAGGUUGGGGAAGCAAACUGGAACCUGUGGCAAUAAUGGUAGGGUGUCCAGGCAUGGCCCCUUCUCUGGUCCUCCCACUGUUUGUUAGAUAAUAAAC